GUAAAGAAAGAAUGACAAGUAAAAUGAUGAUAAACUAAAACAAUGAAUCAAUAGAAGAGGAACAUUCUGUAUAACUUGCAUUAACAUGUCCACUAAACAAGAUUUGGGUUUUACACACGUCGAAUUUGUUGAUCCCACUCCUCUUCCUGAAUCAGUACCAAAGGUUGAUGAAGUUGGUGCCACCUCAGCACCUUUGAAGAGCGCUUCUUUCUUCAUUGGCCAAUAUUGUAAAGAUUAUAACGAUGAUUUCAUGCUCUGUAAAAAUGAAAACAACAAUCCCGAGCACUGUCUUAAAGAAGGAAGAAAGGUCACUCGUUGUGCCAUUGACUUAAUUACCAAGCUUCGAGAGAACUGUGGUAAGGAAUUUGAAGCACAUUGGAAAUGUUUGGACAACAAGAAUCAGGAAUUCUACGCUUGUCGUAAGCCUGAACGUGCUUUGAAUGCUUGUGUAUUUGAGAAAUUGGGCUUGGAGAAAAAGAUUCCUGGAUCUUCAGUUGAUGAACAAAUUCAAAACAAAAAGAGCCCAGUUAUUAGAAGUCCUUUGAAAUAAACAUUAAAAAGGGAACACAACAAAUUACUUGUAUAGAAUAAUAUCAGUUAUAUAAGCUAUGGAAUAUGCUUGGCUAUACAUAUAUGUAAUACUGAGUCCAUCGUUAUCAUUUGUAACAAGAGAGGUUGUCAUACUUCUCCCUCUCAUUGUAUUAUCCGCCUAAUUAUGAUUUUUUGAGGUGUGUGUACACUUUUAGACAACAAAUAACAAAAGAGAACUCGCCAAAAGUAAGAGAAUGAGAUAUAAAAAGCAAUGCUUAGUAUUUCAAUUAUUUACGUUAAAAGAGGAGAGUUUAUAAGAG